AUGACUGAAAACAAGUCUCCGAUGGCGCAAAAUGGAGAUGAAGUAAAGCCAGAGGUUGAGAUGGCGGAGUACCUCGAUCCUGCCCGCGAUGACAAAAAUGUCGGUGGCGGAUUCAUGGUGCAGGCUGAUGCCUCCAUCCAGGGGCUCAAGAUGGCAAAGGAUGGCAAGACGAUCCUCCUGCCUCAGCCGACCGACUCGUCCGAAGAUCCAUUGAAUUGGUCGUGGUGGAAAAAACACCUUGUCCUCUUUACUGCGUCAUUUGGGGCCAAUGUGUCCGACUUCACCGCCGCCGCUGGCUAUGCUCCUGUACUUGCACAGUCGAUUGAAUGGGACGUCUCUUACAGCACGGCCAACCUGAUCAAUGCUAUCAAUACCCUCGCAUUGGGUCUCGGUGGUUUGUUUUGGGUGCCCAUGGCAUCAGGCUGGGCCCGCGCCCCCGUCAUGUUCUGGUCGACGGUGUUGGGAUUCGCCUGUGCCCUGGGCAGCUGCUUCGUACGCGACUACGCACCCAUGUUUGUCCUGCGCGUCUUGCUCGGCUUCUUCAUCACCGCCGCGCAAACCGUAUCGGUCGGUAUCAUCAAGGACGUCUUCUUCUUCCACGAAUGCGCCCGCAAGAUUGGCAUCUGGGCCACCAUCUACGUCACCUCUCCCUAUCUUGGCCCUUGCCUGGGAAACUUUGUGCUCGGGGCCACAGGUCAUUGGCCAGAUGUCAUGUGGCUGACUAGCGGUAUCGCGGGCCUGCAGCUUGUACUGAUUAUACUCUUUCUUGAUGAGUCGUGGUAUAACCGGGACGUUCCCCUCUCGCAUCAGCCCCCCCGGCCUGCGGACUUUCUGGCUCGCAUGCGUCGUGUCACGGGCAUCUGGUCUAUCGAGUACCACACCGACUACUUCCCGACUAUCAAGACGGCCUUCACUCGAUUCGCGUUCCUAGUCACUCGGCCAGCCUUGGGCAUAAUUUGCGUUUCCUAUAUGCUGGUCUUUGGCUGGGCAAUUGGCAUCAAUCUGUCCGCCGCGCUCUUGUUUACGACCCCCGAGCAAUUCGGAGGAUACGGAUUUAGCUCUACCUCGCUUGGUUAUCUUUACUUCACGCCGAUAGUGGGCAUCAUUCUGGCCGAGAUAGUGGGGCACUAUCUCAACGACUGGAUACAGCGUUGGUAUAUCAAGACGCAUAAUGGCAUCUUUGAGCCCGAAGCACGCCUUUAUAUUUUGUAUAUCUCUGCGCCCUUCUACGUCUGUGGUCUUGUUUUGACGGGCUUCGCCUUGGAGGACCACCUUCCCCACGCAGCAGUCAUUCUCGGAUGGGGCAUCUAUAGUUUUGGCAUCAUGUUAUCGUCGGUCGCUGGGACUUCUUAUGUUACUGAUGCAUACCCUGGUAUCCCAUCGGAGGUCGCCGCGUGGAUCAACUUUGGGCGCGUUGUUGGUGGCUUUGCCAUUGGUUUCUACCAAGAGCCUUGUAAGUGCCUGUGA